GAGGGUGAGAAAAAAAAUCGUAUAAAAGGCGAGAGAAAAGGCGAAGGGAAAUCAGUCGAGGGAGCAUCUUCGACACGGCAACAACUACAGCGCUCUGUCUGUCAGUUCGCAUCCAUGGCAAACUAUGGCGUAGUGCUGCUGUUGUGUGUUGAAUCAUUGAUGGCUGGGUUGACCACUGGUGUAGCGAUGUCUCCUUGGUAUGGCGGAUACCAAACUGCAACGCCACCGCCUUACUACCCAAAAGCGACUUACGCAACGACCAGUUACUGCACCGAGGUCUUCAAGUACUACACCGUUAAAGCACCGGACUUGAAUAGCACAACUUACGCUGCCCCGAGCCACUACACUGACGGCGUGAAGUAUUACUGUGCCCCGAGUUACUACACCACCAAGGCGACGGAGGAUGACUACGCAUGCUGCCCCAUCCUCCGAGGCUCAUACACCGAGGCUCCUAAGUAUUACUCUGUUCUCAUCUACAUAUUGUACCGAUUUUCAAUACUACUCUGUUCCCAACUGCUACACCAAGGCUCCCGCUGAUUACUACACCGAAGCGGCAA